AUGUCUCCUGUGGCACUGGACCCCAUCUAUGUUUCGUUUCAUAACGACGAUGAGACGACCCCGUUGUGCCUUGUCGAUGGGCGGCCUGACACCUUCAUGCUCACCACCGGCGGGUUUCCGCAGGACAUCAUCCUCAGCGUAGGCACCUCCGCCUCCUCUGACAUCUCCCGCCUGCGCUUGGAGCUGCACGAGGCGAAGCGCGUUGUGGUGGAAAAGUGCACCUUGGCGCUCCCCACCGUCUUUGAGAAGGUGGCGGAGCGCACGCUGCCUCGCACGGCCGAGGACGCGCGGCAGGUGGAGGAGCUGCACUUUGACGUGCAGAGUGCCGGCAAAGGCGUCCGCUACUUCCGCCUCCGUCUAUUGUCGGGGUACAGUCAGUUCGUCGGCGUCUUUGGGGUCGCGGCGGAGGGAGAGGAGUCGCAGCAGCGCAUCGCCGUCCUGGAGUCACGGCCCGAGGUGGUCAUGUGA